AGUUUCCGGUUUGAGGAAAAUAUUAUAAUAAUAACGUGAAUCUACCAGUAUUGUUGAAUUUUAUUCUAACAUGGAUUGGCAAUUAACAUGUAGAGUGUGCUUAGAGACAGGUGACAUGGUUUCCCUAUUCGAUUGGGAUGAAAAUAACGAACAACUCAGCGACAAGUACACGUAUUGUUGCGGCAUUGAGAUCACUAAAAACGAUUCAUUGCCUACGCUAAUUUGUUUAUCUUGUGUUGAUCGUCUUACAUAUGCGUACCAGUUCAAACAACAAUGUCUUACAUCAAAUGACACUCUUAAAGAAUGUCUUGAAGAGUUUAUAAAAAGUACAGCUGCAGUCAGCAGCAAUCCCAAUACAUCCAAAGCCACAGAGACUGAAACAAUAACUAUAAAACAGGAGAAUGGCUUCCUUCUUCAAUAUGAGUUGCCUGUGGAACAUGAUCCAUCUGCACAAUGGACUCGAACACUCACUAAAUCUGGAAAUAUUGCCACUGUGGUUACAAAAGCACCUGGUCCUAAAAAACGUGGCCGGCCUAGGAAAUAUCCUAAUGAGCAAGGACAAAUUGAUUUAUCACCUUAUCAAAGAAAAAAGCCAAAGCAAGCAGCAAAGGAACCAGAAGCUCUCACAACACUACUUGCUUCAGGAUCUUUGGAUUUGAAACAGGAGCCACUUGAUGAAGAAGAUAAUGGAAAUGAGGAUUUUGAAGGCAUUGAUGAUCCAGACUUCAACCCAGGUGUUGAAGAAGAUAAUGGCUCUGAUAAUGAGACUAUUGAGAAGGAAGAACAGAUUGAUGUCCCAAAGAAACGAGGACGGGCACGCAAGAACCAGGACUCUACCAAGAAGAUCAAAGUUGAGGAAGGUGAAGAUGUGCUGCUAAAGGAAACAAUUUUGGCUUUCUCUGAACCCAUUCCCGAGCACAUUCUCAAUCCUAAACCGAAAAAAAAACCAACGAAGAGGAAGAAGUACAACUAUGAAAAAACUCACACUUGUGAGACUUGUGGCACUUCGUUCACCUCAAAUGCGUCGCUUCAGGCUCACAUACGACGUCACUUGGGUAUCAAACCAUUUGUUUGCAGUGUGUGUGGGUACGCGUGCGUUCUGAACAUGGAGUUGCGCCGUCACAUGAUGCGUCACACCGGCCAACGUCCGUACAAAUGCCGCAUAUGCGAUAGGAGGUUCGGUGACUUUGGCAGUAGGCAGAAACACGAGAGAUUGCACAUGGGUCUCAGGCCAUACCAGUGUUCAGUUUGUGGGAAAUCUUUCACAUACUCAUAUGUGUUGGCCAAUCAUAUGUUGACGCACACCGGAGAGAAGAAAUAUUCGUGUGGUCCAUGCAACAAGAAGUUCACUAAAGCGCACCAUCUGAAGUAUCACAACAAGGUGCAUCACAAGGAGCUGUACAUCCAGCAGCAGCUGGAGGCUGAAGCAAAGAAGAUGCGUCAACAGAUGAACGUGAUAGGGCUCUCCGGGGUGAUCUCCGGACAGAUUGUUGAUGGCACAUUGCAACUUACACAGAAUACAGUUUCGGAAGACUGUGAACAAGAGGCGCAGAUGCAGGUGGUUGAAGAGCAGCGUCAAGAGUCUGACAACGACGAGAAGGAGACAGACCGCGCGGUCGCUAGCAUGCAAGCAGUCAUCGGCAUCUAAUGAAUAAAUGGGUGGAGACAUAUGAAGCUUACGAUAAAUAAUCGUUUCCAGAGUGAAGAAUAAACUUAACGAUCUGUAGAAUAAUCACGAAAUAAUCGAAUUAAAUAAAAUUGUGUACAAUAUGUAUGACAUUUCUGUUUCUAUAUCUGUAUAUCACUGUUUCUCAUAGUUAACUUCACGUUAUUCUUAAUAUAUUUAAAUAUUUAAGUUUUAAUUGAUAAUGUUAUAGUCAUUUAUGUGUAAAUAAUAAAAAAAUCGUGGACUGAAAUU